UACGACGUGCGAGAGUGCGAGAGCAGUUGCCGCCCACUCUGACUUCUUCAUUCCCUCCUUUACAUUCCAGCCCACGGAAAGCACUCAAUCCCUCCUUCAUCGACGAACGGAAAUAUCCUCAUCAACGGAAACUACGCCAAGGUCUCAGGUUUCAUUGAAUUGACAGAGAUCGGGAGUGUGACCAGCCUACUCGCACUCGCAUCCCUCACUCAUCCACCCAGCCCGACCUCCUGGGCCAUCUUCCUCCCUCCGUCGAUUCCGACGCUUCGCAGCCUUCCAUAGCACACCCCGACGUCUCCCACGACAACACCUCUGUGGCCAACGACUCCGCCAACACCCCUGCCAACAUGCCUCAAUUCACCUCCCGCGAUGUUGGCGACCCAACGCAGAUCAAGAAGAAUAAGCAGUCCAUGGCCGACCUGAAGCUACGUCGCCUGACAGAACUGAACAACCGUCUGCGCGAGGACCUGGAGCGCGAGCGUAUCCCUGUCUCCCAGGCCAGUAAAAGCAUUAUCGCCUACUGCAACAGCACCCGAGACUACAUGGUCCCGUCUGUCUGGGGGGUCGUUCCCAAAGGCGAGGAUCCCUACGCUCCCCAGCAGAGCGGUGGUUGCUGUGUUGUUAUGUAAUCGGCUCAUGAAGGAUGGAAGAAGGAGAUGGAAUUUAAGAUAUCCAAAAAGGGUUCUCGUCGGAUCCGACGAGGGAAAGCGAUCGUGGGCAGAUUUUCGAGGCAUACGACACGAACGACAUUCCGAGGAGGGAAAGAAGUCUUUGCUGCCUUGCGCGUUGUUUCUUGCCGGCGUUACUUCGUGGACAAAAGGGAAGCGAACCUUCUGUGAGAUUAGGGAAAUGCCCAGAGGAGCAGGAGGAUGUUUGACAGGUGUGGCACUGGCAACUGGGUGGGGAAGACAAGGAGAAGGCCCCAUCGGGUUAUCACGAUGCUUUUUGUUCCGGCCGUUUUCUUUCUUGGACUUAACCUGAGGGUCCCUUGAGGGUGCUGGUCCUUCACGGUCGGGGCGGUCACGAUAAUGGUUUCUUUUCGUUAUACCAAACAACCUCUGCAUAUGGGCUUGUGGAUACUGCCAGAGGGAUAAUUCGGCAUGUUUAUUAAUACUGCGUCACCACCUUCUUUCUUCAGUUGUACCUUGUCAGUCUAGGCCUCCCCGACAAUCGUGAAUACCCUCUCUCACGGC